AGUUUUGCCAACUCAACCAAGUCCCUCUGCCCUGCCAGGCCGCGUCUGCCACGACUUUAUUCCUCUGGAGUACACGAGCCUCCCCACAAAUCACAAGCGCCCAAGUCUACGACUAGACCCUGCGCGCUUCAGCGCAUUCCUCGCUGGUGCCUCCGACUCUGCAACCUCUGUUCGACAGCAAACCUCCACAAACGCAGCUGAUUCACCACCGCAGCCAUGGCGCGCAACUCUGAAAAGGCGCAGUCCAUGCUCUUCCGGUUCCGCGCCGCGCAGGCCGCCGAAUCUGGUCUCCUUCCCUCCGCCAGCCUGCGCCGGCCCAAGGCACCCUCCACGGUAGAAACGGUCCCCCUGUGUGAAAAGUGGCGCGGGCAAAUCCUCAAAGAAAUCUCGCGCAAGGUGACAAAGAUCCAAGACGAGUCGCUGUCGGACUUUCAGAUCCGGGAUCUCAACGAUGAGAUCAACAAGCUGAUGAAGGAGAAGUGGGGAUGGGAACGGCGCAUACGGGAGCUCGGGGGACCGAAUUACAUGCGGGGCGGAGGCACGGUCUUUGACGACCAAGGCCGAGAGGUGCCCGGUGGAGGCAAAGGUUAUAGGUACUUUGGGAGGGCGAAGGAGUUGCCCGGUGUCAAGGAGAUGUUUGAGCGCGCGGCCAAGAAGCGAGUCCGCGGCGACGAGGAGGAAGACGCCGCCAAAAAGCCGCAGCUGGACAUCAAUCGGAGGCACCUCGACGCCCGGUAUUUCGGUUUCGGACCGGACGAGGAAAACGGGACGCUGUUGAAGUAUGAAAGGAGGAAAGAAAAGGAGGCUGUCGAGAGGGUCGCGAAGUUGGCUGGCGCGGAAGACGAGGACCCAGAUUGGGAACCCUUACCUGGCGACGCCGGCGAUGGUGUGCGAUGGCGUCUGCCCACGUUGGAAGAAGUUCAGGAAGAGUUGGUCGAUCGAAGACGCAGGCAAUUGCUCGACAGGCUUGGUUGACAUUCUGAGAAGUCUUCGAUUACACUUUGGAAGCCACGUCUUGCGACACUGGACUGUUGAGUUCGUGGCAUGACCACAGAUCCUUGGGCUUAGGGACCUCGAGCACGAAUGAAUUACACUUUCGGAUUGGUAUUUUACCAUACUGGAAGUCUCCUCUACCUCAUUCUUUGUCGCAAGAAACUCAGCCAGUAUGUUUCCCCUCGACAAGAACCGCUGUCCGACCCAUGGAGAUGGGUUGGACAUGAUGGACAAAACUCCCGCAGCCGUGUUGGAUUCUUCUGGGAGACCGCAUGGAUUGAACAAACAACAAAGCACACACGUUGGUCCAACAGGUCAUCUACCCUUGUGGCCUCGAAUUGGUCAGCAAUAGAUGUGCUGAAAAGACACAUCUCCUGUCCCGGUAUUCCUCUUCACCCCAAUGUUCACCUCUGAACUGUAAAACACAUUAUCCUUCUCCGACACAAGUUCCAUGUUUGCCGGGAUCAACUGAGUCCCGCUACUGCCAGCAUUUAUUGAGGAAUCGGCUUCGGUGUUGAAGACGAUCUUGACGUCUCGGGUUCCUGUACCGGAGGUGCUGAAGCCGGUGCAAGCAAAGAUGACGUCUACGUCCUUGUUCCCUUUUGGACCACCGAUGUAAUCGAGGACGUUUCUGCAGAAGGUGCUGAGGUAGAAUGGGUCCGGUGCGCUCUGAACAUUGAUGUUGGCCUCAUAGAUCCCACCACAAACCGGAUUGACUAUGUCAGGAUCGAUGUCGAGGGACAUGGUGUCUGAACUGGCAGUGGCGUUUCGCGGGACAAAAGUCUGCGGCCAGCGAUGAUUCGAGCUGCGAUUCUUCGACCGACGAGGUACCGACACUGCGCUGGUGAAGUCGAGUAAGGCCAACAAAAGCAUGAGGAGGAAGAGCCGCAUGUUGGGGGGACCGAUGGAUGUUUGUCUCAGGGCUGGUAACGACGCACAGAUCUCGCUCAAGGUGACCCAAGAGUAGUCAACAGCAAAGAAAGGUGUUUGAGGAGGUUUGUGAGCGUCACAAGUCCGAGAAGGGUCUGACAAGUUCGUUGUGGGUUGUGGGGGUUCAUACGGCAGAAGAAGCAUCCUUUAUAUGAUUGGGAAGAUGGUUCUCAGCGAGCCCAGGCGGAAUCAAGCCAAGACCAUCAUGAUGUGCAGAUCUCAAUGCAUCGAUUAUACCCAUUUCUCCCUCCCUUUGCUC